AGGCUGUACUGUAUGAAGUGACUGGAUGGGCAGUGUCCUGCCCGUCAAAUCUAUCUAAGGCCCUGUGACUGUAAAAAUAAAGCAAACCAGUUUUGGUUACCUGACCACCCUUCUCUCUAUUGGCUAUUUCACAACCCACUAGAUUGAACUGACUAGUAUGCUGUCAUUGAAGAGAGAGACAGGCAAGGAGAGAGAAAGAGAGAGCGAGAGAGUGUAGAAAAAAGUUCGUAAUUAUUUCUGGGUUUUUUUCUGUGUAAUAGGAGAGAGGAGUUUAUAUGGGGGCAUUUGAGAAACCGAAGGGAGGUUUUGUGAGUUAAUGCAAAAGGGUUUUUUGGUGCUAUGUUUGUAUCUGGGAUUUUUGUAGGGUUUAAGAGAGAGCGUUAAGGAAAAGCAAAAAAAAAAAGGCGGAGAGGGAAGGGAAGGGAGAAAGGAAAAGCAAAAGAGACGUGGUCUUUCUCAUAUACACAGAUCCCUAUGGAAUGAAGGGGCGCCCCCCAGCAUUGCUUGCUUGAAUUCAUUCUUUUUGUUUAGUUUAAAGAGACCAGUUUUGUUCUCUUUAGAGCGAGAGAGACAGAGAGAGAGAAAGAGAGAGAGAGUGCAUAGAUUAAAGAGUUCUGGGCCAUUGAAAAUGUUCUUGCAAUGAGUUCUGCUACUAGACAACAAAAGACCAAGUUUUCAGAUGGGAGGGAGGCAAGAGAUUUCGGUAUGAUUAGUUUAUUUUCGCUUCAAUGAUUGAGUUGCCUUGCAGCUUGGUAUAUAACUGCUGAGGAACUUCUGAGUAAGAAAAGCAAGAGAGAGAGACAAAGAGAGAAGAGGAUGAAAACUAUGAACGACAGUAGCAAUGGCAGCAAUAAUAACUGGUUGGCUUUCUCUCUUUCACCCCACAUGAAAAUGGAGGUUGCUAGUGAUCCCCAGCACCGUCAUCAUCAGUAUCAUCAUCAUAGUCAAGCUUCAGCUGCCGCAUCUGUAUCCAAUGCUGUUCCAACAAGCUUCUAUCUGUCUUCUCACCUCAGUGGUUCUGGAAUCUGCUAUGGAGUUGGAGAAAGUGGAGGCUUUCACGCUCCCUUAUCUGUUAUGCCACUUAAGUCAGAUGGGUCCCUAUGCAUCAUGGAAGCUCUCAGUAGAUCGCAAACAGAAGGAAUCGUGACUACUUCGUCUCCAAAACUGGAGGACUUUCUGGGUGGUGCAACAAUGGAAACUCAUCAAUAUGGAAGCCACGAAAGAGAGACAAUGGCUCUGAGCUUAGACAGCAUAUACUACCACCAAAAUGCAGACCAGGAAACCAACAGGCAACAUUCUCUGGACCUUCUUCAAGAACCCUUUAGGCAUCAAGACCAAGAGUUUGCAGUUCAAACACAUCCCUAUUAUUCAGGACUGGCCUGCCAAGGCAUGUAUCAGUCACCAUUGGAGGAAGAAACCAAGGAUGCCCAACUUGCAGACUGUGAUUCCCAGAUUCCUCAAAUGGGAGAGGAUGCAAUGCCUUGCUUUAGAAACUGGGUAGCUAGGCACUACUCUACCCAUAGUUCACUGGAACAGCAGAUGACUAGUAGCAUGGUUGAUGAUGGACCAGCUUCAGGGUCUGUUGGUACAAUGGGUUGUGGGGAUUUACAGUCUCUCAGUUUGUCUAUGAGCCCUGGUUCUCAGUCAAGUUGCGUUACAGCUCCCAGGCAGAUCUCACCUACUGCUACUGAAUGUGUGGCCAUGGAAACAAAGAAAAGAGGGCCAGGGAAAGUGGGUCAGAAGCAACCUGUUCAUAGGAAGUCCAUUGACACAUUUGGACAGAGAACAUCCCAGUAUAGAGGUGUUACCAGACAUAGAUGGACGGGUAGAUAUGAAGCUCAUCUCUGGGAUAACAGUUGCAAGAAGGAAGGGCAAACCAGGAAAGGGAGACAAGUCUAUCUUGGGGGUUAUGACAUGGAAGAGAAAGCUGCAAGAGCUUAUGAUCUCGCGGCUCUGAAGUAUUGGGGACCUUCAACGCAUAUAAAUUUUCCGCUUGAAAAUUACCGAGAAGAACUGGAAGAAAUGAAGAACAUGAGCCGCCAGGAAUAUGUUGCCCAUCUAAGAAGGAAAAGUAGUGGGUUUUCCAGAGGGGCCUCAAUGUACAGAGGAGUAACAAGGCAUCAUCAGCAUGGAAGAUGGCAAGCUCGCAUUGGCAGGGUCGCAGGAAACAAGGACCUUUAUCUUGGCACAUUUAGCACCCAAGAGGAAGCAGCUGAAGCUUAUGACAUUGCUGCCAUCAAGUUUCGUGGUGUAAAUGCUGUGACCAACUUUGACAUAACUAGAUAUGAUGUUGAAAGGAUCAUGGCGAGCAAUACCUUGCUUGCUGGAGAGCUAGCCAGGCGAAACAAAGCGAUAGAUUCAAACAACGAGGGCGGUGAUUACAGCACACCAGCGCUAACCAAUGGAGAGACCAUUCAACCUGAAGUCAACAAUGGGAACGGUUCGGACUGGAAGAUGGUGUUGUAUCAAUCACCACAGCAACAACCAAGUGUUGGUGCAGUUGAGUCACUUGAACAGAAGUCCAUGAGUAAUGGAAGUUAUCGAGACCCCACUUUCUCGAUGGCUCUGCAAGAUCUGGUUGGAGUUGAUUCAGUGAACUCUAGCCAGCCAAUGGUGGAUGAAUCCACCAAGCUAGGAAUUCAUUAUUCCAACCCAUCGUCGUUGGUUACCAGUGUAAGCAACUCGAGAGAAGGAAGCCCAGAUAAAACAGGCUCCUCAAUGCUCUUUGCUAAGCCUCCGUUGGCAUCAAAGUUCAUUAGUCCAGCAAAUGGUGUUAGUUGGUUUCCAUCAGCUCAGCUGAGGCCUGCUGCCAUCUCAAUGGCUCACUUGCCUCUUUUUGCUGCCUGGAACGAUACCUAAAUCCCUUCUUCUGCUGUUACUGGAAACAUGUGAAGUUUUGCAUGAGGAAGAAAAAAAGUAGGAAAUCGGUGGAGUUAGGGGAAAAGUAAGAUUUUGAUUAUGUCUCUUUUAGGUGCAGUUAGUGGAGGGAAUUUGGGAUUAACGAAAGAUGGGUGGGGUCCAGUCAUCUGUCUGUAACCAAAGCGUAGGAAACUUUUUUCAAGCUGUACCUUUUGGCUCAUAUUGGAAUGAAGAUUUUGCAAAAUGGAGGGAAGGGAUUAAGAGAGGGGGGCCUAAUGAUUAAGCUCUAUGGAAUGAUAUUGUCAAUAUUGCAGUGGCUGUUAUAUAAUUGAAUCUGCUUUUCCACUUUU